AUGCAGGAGAAGAAAAAAGAGUUUGAGGCUGUCGCUGCGCUUGAACGUGCUAGCGCUCUGUUCCUGAAACGCAUAGAGGGUCUUGCGGACGAUUGCGAGGUUAUGGCUGAUGCUGGCCAAGUGUAUGGUCAGGUGCUCGAGCAGUGGCCCCUCAUGUUCCAAACCUUGAGCCUGUUUUUGAAUAGCCGUGAACGGCACACGGCCGAUUCCAGUGACGACAUCACUUUACUCACAGAAGACCGACUUGUUCGUGUUCCACUCGACGAACUCUAG